AUGAGCCAAACAGGACUUGCGCCAUCCAUCGACACCGAUGCCUCUUUGAUCUACAAUUACCACCGCCUCCACCACCAGCCAAGCCCCGCAUCUGCAAUCUUCUGUCUCUGUAGUCUCGACACGCGCGUCGCUGUUCGGGCUGCGAAUCUCUACCUCUCUGGCCUUGCGCCGAUUCUUAUAUUCUCUGGAGGAGUUGGAUCCCUGACUGCAGGUCGUUAUCACGGUGUCUCAGAGGCAGAAGCUUUUGCAACGAUUGCACGGGACAUGGGCGUCCCAGAUAAAGCGAUUGUGGUAGAGCCCCGGUCGACAAACACUGGGGAAAAUGUCCGGUUCACAUAUAUGUUGUUAGAGAAGCAGGGACUGUUGGAGGACAUCAAGUCUUUCAUUCUCGUGCAGAAGCCAUAUAUGGAGAGACGGACAUAUGCGACAUUCCUCAAGCAGUGGCCUGGCGCGGAGAUAGAGGAAAAGGUGAAGUUCAGUGUGACCAGUCCAGAGCUGGAGUGGGAUCAGUAUCCAGACAAGGAAAACCCUCGUGAGUUGGUGAUCAAUGUUAUGGUUGGCGAUUUGGUACGCAUCCGGGAUUAUCCCGCCAAGGGCUUCCAAAUCUCGCAGGAGAUCCCUCCUAAGGUAUGGGCUGCAUCUGAGAGACUCAUUCAUGCGGGAUAUACAGAGCAUUUGCCAUGA